AUCCCUACUCGUAGCACACGAUUUAAAUGUCAGUGUCAAAAAUAACCAUGUAAUUUUGUAGUAGUAAAAGUAAAUAAAACAUAUUUUGAGAUAUUUCAUAAGAAAUCAGUAAUUAUUUUAAUAAAAAAGGACAAAAUUACCACCUUUAAGGCGAAUAUGUUUAGGACUAAAGUUCCGUGAGGUCAUUUUGAUAAGAAUACGGCUGGAGUGGUACAAUAUGUUUACAACCGAUAAAAAAAUUAAAUAUACGGUUGUUGAUAACACCGAUGAGCAGGAAACGGUAGAUUUGGAACCAAUGAAACGAAAAAUUUGCUCUUCUAUAUGUCUUCGAUCAACACUGUUUACAGGAGUCCUAAUAGGUACCUAUUAUAUUCCUUCUAUUGGACUUACAUUUUAUCAGAAUUGGCUUUACAAGAGUUUUCAUUUCCCAUUGAUAACGGUUUUAACGCACAUGCUGGUAAAAUUCAUUUUGGCAGCGCUCAUAAGGGUAUGCUUAAGGAGAUCAAUUAAACAAAAAGUCAGUUAUGACUGGAAGGAAUACUUAAUGGCUGUCGUUCCCACUGGAAUGUUCAGUGGCAUUGAUAUCAGUUUCUCUAAUUGGGGAUUGGAACUUGUAACAGUCUCAUUGCCAGUGACAGACUGGAAAAAUAAGUUUUGUGAAACUUGUGACUGAAGCAAAUUAUGUAAAACUUUUAAAACUUGCUUUAAGUUACU